UAAUCUCACUCGGGGCUUUAACUGCUGCUCGGCUGUCACUGCUUCAUCUGCUUUGGGUCUCAGAUUUCCCAUUUGUUUGAUCGUUGUAUGAACAUUUUUCUGCAUUCUAAUGGUUUUUAGGGCCAAGAAAUGCUGUCAUCUGGUUUGUAGUAAUGUUCUUCAAUGUCAAAAUCUAUCAGAAGUGGGUUUGUGUGCGGUGUUUAUGGAUACCCUUGUUGGAGAAUUUUCUGGUUCAAUGGACGGAUUCAAAUCCAACCACGACUUAGUUAGAAUGCAUUCAAAUCAAAGACUUGUCAAAGGAUUUGAUAAUAGGAAUCACCGUUCAACACACAACAACUUCAUGAAUCUUCCUUACCAUCCGCAUGAUCCACAAGUUAGCAGCAGCUUAGGUCCACUGUUGGGAUCGAGUUUGGAGAGAGAUUCUCCUGAAGAGAGCGACUACUCUGAUGCUGUUCUGAAGUACAUAAACCAGAUACUUAUGGAAGAGGAUUUGGAGGGUAAGACCUGCAUGUUCCAGGAUUGCUUUGCCCUUCAAGCUUUUGAGAAAUCCUUCUAUGAUGCCCUUGGUGAGAAGUAUCCCCCUUCACUCCAUCAACCUCCAUCUUGUGUCAAUCGGAAUGUCAAAAGCCCAGACGAUGAUCCCUCCUCCCAUUGCAGUAGUACCACUACUAAAAACUUGGCUAUCUCUAGCUGGGUUCAUGGACUGGGGGAGUCUGGAUCCUCUGAAUUACAAAUUUCACUUGUUAGAAAUUUCUUCCUGUCCACUGCACAGCCUGAUUCUCACUCAAGCAGUGGUGGUGAUUCUCUUGACGGGUUAGCAGAUUCUCCUGUAAGUACCCUUAUGGUUCCAAAUUCACUUGGCAGGAAUCAAUCUGUUGGGCAGUUCAGAGAUAUUGAAGAAGCCCAUAAGUUCCUUAUGAGUGAUGAUGAUCUGAGUUUUAAUUUGGAAAACAAAAGAUCAAUCCUUCUGGAACCAAACAAAAGCACUUUAAAGACAGUAACUGUUGCAGAGGAGGAGGGGAAUCACUACUUAUUGAAUGGGUCUAGAGGGAGGAAAAAUCAUUUCCGCGAGGAUAGUGAUGAUUUGGAAGAAGGAAGGAGUAACAAGCAUUCAGCAAUUUAUGCUGAGGAGACGGAGCAGUCAGAGUUGUUUGAUGAAGUGUUGCUGUGUAGGGAUGCAAGCGAUGAACCUGCAUUGUGUGUUUCCAAUGGAGCAUCAGGACAUGGUGCAAGCAGAAAGUUUCAGCAGAGUGAACAAUUGAAUGGAUCAAAUGGAAGAACAAAGCGAGGUAAGGGACAGGGUAAUAAGGGGGAAUUGGUGGAUUUAACGACCGUUCUGGUGCAUUGUGCACAAGCUGUGGCAAGCAAUGACCUCAGGACUGCAAGGGAACUGCUGAAGCAGAUUAGGCAGCACUCUUCUCCUUUCGGUGAUGGGUCACAGAGAUUGGCACAUUGCUUUGCUAAUGGCCUUGAGGCACGCUUGGCUGGUCAUGUGGGGCAAUUACAUACAGCAUUUGCAGCCCUUAAUAGGACUUCAGCUUCGGAUAUCUUAAAAGCUUAUCAUGUAUUUAUAUCAGCAUGCCCUUUCAAGAAGAUGUCGAAUAUGUUUGCCAAUCAAACAAUAGUAAAUCUAGCCGAGAAGGCCACGAGGCUCCACAUUAUUGAUUUUGGUAUCCUCUAUGGUUUCCAGUGGCCUUGCCUUAUCCAGCGCCUUUCUGCAAGACCUGGCGGCCCUCCAAAGCUUCGCAUUACUGGAAUAGAGCUUCCCCAACCAGGCUUUCGCCCUGCAGAAAGGGUUGAAGAGACAGGACGUCGCUUAGCAGAUUAUUGUGCUAGAUUUCAUGUUCCAUUUGAGUAUAAUGCUAUUGCAAAGAAAUGGGAAACUAUAGAAUUGGAGGAAUUCAAGAUUGACAAAGAUGAGCUGCUUGUUGUGAAUUGUUUGUACCGGUUCAGGAACCUACUUGAUGAGACCGUGGUGGCAAACAACAACCCAAGGGAUGCUGUGCUGAGCAUGAUCAGGAGGAUAAAUCCAGAUCUUUUCAUCCACGGGGUGGUUAAUGGGACCUACAAUGCCCCUUUCUUCACCACAAGGUUCCGGGAGGCACUCUUCCACUUCUCUGCAUUGUUUGAUAUGUUUGAGGCAUGUGUACCCCGUGAAGAUGAAGCAAGGAUGAUGUAUGAGACCGAGAUAUACGGGAGAGAUGCGAUGAAUGUGAUAGCAUGCGAGGGUUCGGAGAGGGUUGAAAGGCCGGAAUCAUACAAGCAGUGGCUUGUCCGAAAUCUUAGGGCUGGGUUUAGGCAGCUCCCACUAAACCGGGACAUUUUGAGGAGAGUGAAGAGUAAGGUAAUUUCAGGUUACCACAGGGAUUUUGUGGUGGACGAGGACAGCCAGUGGAUGUUGCAGGGAUGGAAGGGCAGAAUCAUAUUUGCUCUCUCCUGUUGGAGAACUGCCUAGGUGGCAUUUGGGGGGAAAAAAUGCGAUCAUUCGUUCUAUCAAAGUCUCAUUUUCAUCUUUUCUUGCAGUGAUAUAUAACAUGAUGACUAGGAGUUGAUAUUUCCCAAGAGCCAAAGAAGGAAAACAGAACCGCUUAAACCGAAGACCAUUUUGGUGGUUCUAUCCUUGUCCAGAAGGACCUGUCAUCACGUCUCUCGAGCAUUUGGUAUGGAGCUCCCUAUGAAGAUUGGUGUCUAGUGUUACAUUUGGUUCACAACGUAACUGAAAAGACGGUAUUACUGCAAGCCAUAUGACCAUCUAAAAGUUGGUUUUAAUCGAACCAACAUGGGAUGGUAUCUGUUACAGUUCUGGGAUGGAAUUUAAAAAUAGCUGUUCUUAGUUUGGUUGGAAUGGUAUCAACUUUGCCUUCAGUAGUACUGAUUCUAUUUUAUUUUUCUCUCCAUUUUAUUUUGUGAACCAAGCUUAGUGGCACCUGCAGAAGAUAAAUUGAGGACAGCAGAUGCAGCUUUUACCGUCCAACUUGUUUCUGUUGUAAUUCUGUUUUUUUCUUUUAUUAAUUUUUUAUUUUAAAACUUUGCCUUGUGUGUUUAGAUGAAGACUUGAGUGGGUGAGGAAAUUCUUUAAUUAAAACCCCAGGUCAAAUUGGUAAUUGAUGAAUGGAACUAUACUGGUUUAGCCUA